ACCUGUGCCACUCUGCAGUGCCACCUACCUGUGCCCAGCAGUGCCCCCAGUGCCCACCUGUGCCCACCCACCUGUGCCCACAGUACCACCAGUGCCACCCACCAGUGCAGCCCAGCAGUGCUGCCAUCAGUGCCCAGCAGUGAUGCCAGUCAGUGCCGUCUAUCAGUACCCAUAAUCAGUGUCACCUAUCAGUGCCGCCUAUCAGUGCUGCAUAUUAGUGCCGCCUAUCCGUGCCACCUCAUUAGUGUACUGCCUAUCAGUGCCCUUUAGUGCUGCCUAUCAGUGCCCAUCAGUGCUGCCUCAUC